AUGGCUACCCCUAGCGUUCUCGUCUUUGAUGCUGAGGGUAGGGCUGUUGACUUUGAGGUCUGGGUCGAUGAUCUACAGCUUUUCCUACGGUGCGAUAGAAAAGACGGUCUCUCACUGUUCGAUCUCACGUCUGGCGCCUCUGCUGCCCCUGCUGCCGAUGCUGACAGCACUGUUCGCUCACAGUGGGCCACACGUGAUGCUGCUGCCCGUCUUGCUGUGCGUAGUACCUUUCCGUCCACUGAGCGCGCGCACUUUAGUCAGUACAAGAGUGCUAAGACCUUGUACGACGCUGUAGUUGCACGCUACUCUUCCCUUGCCACUGCUGCUCUUAGCCGCCUCAUGCUGCCGUACCUGUUCCCUGACCUCGCCGCCUUUCCCACAGUCGCUGACCUCAUUACGCACCUCCACACUAGUGACACCCGCUACCGCGCUGCACUUCCUGCUGAGUUCUGCGCCAAGAACCCCCCUCCCAUGUACAUCACCCUCUACUACAUAGUCACCCGGCUCCCUGACUCCCUCCGCUCGGGGUGCUCCCCCUCCCCCAAUUUGCCCUCUGUUUCCUCUGCUGCUGCCGUCGACUUCUUUGGAGCUGCCGAGGUGGGGGUGCUGGUCCUUGUGCCCACGUCCUGCAUACCGGCGACCGCACUCGUGAGCCGCAUUGAGGCUGCUGCUCUAGGUGCUGGUGAGGCUGCUGCUCUAGGUGCUAGUGCGUCUGCUGCCCCAAGUACUGGUGCGUCUGCUCUCUUAGGUGCCCCGUCGGCUCAGGCCUUACACACCUUCACCCUUGACUCGAGUGCUUCCCGCUCCUUCUUUCAAGACCGCACCACGCUUAUGCCACUUAGUCGGUCAGUCGCGGUCUCCCUGGCGGACGCCUCUGGGGGUCCUGUCCUUGCCCACUUCUCCACUGUCUUACCGUGUCCGGGGGCCCCCUCUGGCGCCCUAUCAGGUCUCUACCUCCCCUCGUUCUCUACGAACUUGGUGAGUGGUGCUGAUCCACAGGAUGGGGGGGUUGACCAGUUCACUCCUGCGAGUCAGCGGGUGACCCACUGUACGUGUGCUCGGACGGGCCAACACUUGGCCACGUUUACCCGCGAGCCGGGGUCGAGCCUGUACACACUGACUACUGAGUCUCCUCCGGUUGCUGAGUCUGGUCAGGUAGCUGCGUCGGAUCAGGUGUUUGCUGCAGCAUCCAGGUCUGGUCCUGAGUCUGCUCCCUGCUCGUGUCGUCUCCUGUCCCACCGGACUCUCCUCUGGCACCACCGCCUUGGUCACCCCUCCCUGCCUCUUCUCCGAGGCAUGGCUUCCCGUUACCUUGUCUCUGGUCUACCCCGGUCCCUCCCUCCCCUCCCUCCGGGGCCUGCCCCUACCUGCGUUCCCUACGUCGAGGGACAGCAGCGCGCCGCCCCUCACGGACAUCCUUGA